UCCCUUGUGUGUUCACAAUAUACAGGCUUUAUUUUUGCUUUAUUCACUGCUUUAAUGCAGAAAAUUAAGCUUCAAAAUAGAUUUUGUGUUUAUUUUUCAAUAGGCUAUAUUAUCAAAAUAUUGCCACAUUUAUUGACAUGAUUGAUGACGACUACUGAACAUGCUGAGUGUGUACUGAAGGGGUUCUGGUAUGAUAAACAUGUUCCCGUUUAUUCUGUCUUCUGAGGAUCUAGCCAUGUCCUGAGUGCCUUGAAGGACUGCGGAGGAUAAAGAGAUCAGAAAUGGGCCUCCUUAAGUUAAUGUUAAGGAGUUAAACUCCAAAGAGGAUUCUCAGCACGGAGUGGCUAACUACUAUGCAGCAUACAUGGGACCUUGGGGACGUGCAUAUAGAAAUGACCUCACCAACAGCCUCAGGCCCCAGCACCUCGAACAAUCAUGUCAAUCUGAAGGAUUUUUUGUCCUGCACAGGCUACUCGUUGGACCGUGAUCACGACAGGCAGGCGUUUCAUGCCGACAUCAGUGCAGACAGUGGCCAGCAAGUUUCGGGGUUUACCAAGUCCACUGUGGCGAGCCCAAGGGGCCGCUCGAGUCUGACGAACCUCAUGCUGCCCAAGAUGCGACGCCGACCCUUCCAGUGCAAAUACUGCACGUUCUCCUGCCCGUCGGCGACCAACCUGUCCAUUCACAUGCGGAUACACACGGGGGAGAAGCCCUACAAGUGCGGCACCUGUUCCUAUGCCUCUGCACGGAAGCAGAACCUUUUCCGCCACAUGUCGACAGUCCACAAGGCAGAUCGCGUGACCAUGUGUGGUCCUGCCCAGGCCACGAGCGCGUACCCCAUCGCUCUUCAGAGCAGCAGCGAAGAGAGGAUGCCCGUAGUUGAAAGCGUCUACGGGGGUGUCCAGGACGUGGUCUUGAUCGACGGAGACCCGGUGAAGAUUGUCGGGGGCGACCAAGGGAACUUUCCCACAUCCGACACUGCCUCCUCAAGUCCACACAUCUCGCAGGUUUACCCCCGCCAGAGUGCCAGCAGUAACUCCCAGCAGGAGGAUGUCAUUGAAAUUAUACCAACAACCAGCUCCACUCCAGUCACCGAAUAUUCAACAAGGCACUACGCAGAUGGCAGCAGGUUUAUUUUUGCUGGUGGCGUAGCAGCCACUGCCAACUCUGCAUCGACUAAAAUUGGUGCAGAACAAACUUCGGCGCUUGAUCACCAGUUUGACAGGACUAAAGAAACUCCACAGCCCCAAACGCAGACAGGCAUCCUGAAUAAUGAAGUUCACUCAGUACAGGUACAGAGAGUGGUAUCUCCGGACGAAUCUUCAGUGAGCAAAUCGGAAGGUCCCGUCCAGCCUCCAGUGUACAAGGAACCAAUCACUGGGGCUCUGAAGAGGAAACAAGGCAGGGCCACCAGCCACUCAACACUGAAGAAUAUCUUGGACAGUCCACUGAUGCUGCCCAAGAGGGUUAGCACUAGCCCAACAUUAGUCUCGUCCAAAAGCUUGGAACCUCUGGAAAAGACGAGCACGGAGAUAAAGAUCAUCCAGAGUGAAGAGGACCUUGAUGAGGUUCUAGAAGGAAGGCGACGGAUGGGUAUCCACGUUGCCCCAUCAGGCGCUCGCAGGCAACAGGACUUCACGCCAAGUCCCAGAAGUUUGAACGGAGGUCCCAUGGCAGAGUCUCCCUUCUCCUACUCGAGAGAGACUCCGGGCAUUGUUUACUUCCCCGAAACUAAUACCUCAGGUGGUGUGAAAGAAGUUGGCGCGCCAUCUGCAGAUGCCAUUCCUUCGGCUCAGGCAAGCAUGGUCAAGCAGAGACACCUGUCUAUGACGAAACCAUCCCUAGCCCAAAAGGUCAAUGAACAGAGAGGAAAAACUGACCAUGAGGAUUCUGAUGAUGUAGUUAUGGUCAUGGAUGCUCCCAGAAGACCCUUUUCUGCUGGCAAUUUCAGUCAGAGACAUUUUCUGCAGCAAGCCGUUGAAAACCCAAGCCAGCUGAACACCAAAAGUUAUUCCUCUGCCGUUAAUGACAAAAAAGAUUUACCUGAAAGGUAUUCUUUCCAUAAUCCAAACACCUUUGGCAGAAGGCAUCGCACAACAACGACAUUGGACAUUGACCGUGAACAGAAGUUGCGGCGCAACAUUCCCCUCAAGGACUCGCGAGCUAGUCUUGCGCGAACAGCGUUGACCAUACAGGUUGACCUGAACAAGCUCUUGUGUUGCGCCGCUAGAAAAUGGUUGAAGUCGCACCUUGUGGAAUGUGAUGUGUGCGAGAUCAACCUGCCCACGGAACGGGAGGAGUCCAGCUUCUCGAGUGGAACCACCAGGUGUAGUCGUGGGCAAAGCUGGGCUCAAGAGAAUGACGAUGGUUACCUCAGGAGAGCAAGGGGUGCCACCAGUGAUGACCAAGUUGGUGGGAUGAGUAGUAACAUCUUCUCGUCAAGGGGUUUAGACAUUGGUGCAGGUUCAGCAAACCAAGUACAUCUUGGAGAUGCUGUUGCCACAAACACAAGGAAAAGACAGAUUUGGGAUGGACAAGAUGAAAGUGGAAUGUUGUGUUCCAGGCAAAAACAGUCAUGUUUAUCGUCACGCAGUGAGCAUCUCAACUUUGCCAAGACGGCAGUCAUCAGCUCAUCUAGUGCGCCGAUUUCUUCCACCUUCAUCAGAUCGCGUACUAUGGAUCAGCCAACAGAAUGUGUCGACGAACCUCAAGAAAGUACCGAGUAUAUCGCCUUCUUGAACGCUGAACUGGCUCGGGGGAAAUCGACCGCGGGUAGACGGGGCCCGAAAUCGAAGCACAUCUGCGACAUCUGCAGGAAGGUGUGCCGGUCCAGAGCACAGCUGCUGGGCCACCGCCGCACGCAUAUCGAGACCAGCCAACUCUACCGCUGCGCAGUCUGCCGCUACUGCACGCUGCACUACAAGCUCCUGAAGCGGCACAUCGCCGACAAGCACCCCACAGGCACCAAGAGGAGCGCGUUCACCGAGUGCCGGAUCUGCAAGAAGGCCAUCCGGGUCACAGCGGUGGCCUCACAUGUGCGGACCGUGCACGGACGGGGCCUACAGGUUGCCGACGGGAGAUCGUACAACGGAGGAAAUGCUGACCAAGUCAAACUUUCCGGAAGUCUGCCCAUUGGAGCAGAGGACCUCUGUAGCACUGGUGCUGGUAGAGGAGGGAUGCAAAAUUCCCCACCCCGGGAUGCUGUUGCCAUGGAAGCAGACGCUGAUGCAGUCCAGGAGUUGGCGGCAAGAGUGGACACGGAAGAGGAUGCAGUCACAGAUGGCAGGGACAGUGUAGAGAGGGAUGUUGUACAAAUGAUCAAACAGGAACCCCCUCUGGACGACUGAACAUCAAUUCAAGCUCACAAACCCAAAUAAGAUAUCCUAACUUUUAUAGCCAAGCCAUGUGUGCUCUUCGUUAACUCCUUGUAACAAGACUAGAUUCGUUUUAGGAGCUUCCCAACUUAUAAUUCCGACCCUUUUAGCUUCAGUUAUGGCGCGUACCCUGCGUAGGUUUGUAAGUUCUCUCCACGUCAAAGACCCAAGCUAGGUAGGUACAUUUACUUGUCGGUAAUCAAUAUUGAACACUAGUGAACAGACUUUGAGUAGAGAAAGUUUAUGCCAAGACAUUUGGACAAAGUGUUGACACAAAAUACAGCUGUUUAUUGUUACCUGUUAUUUAACAAGUCUGUCUGUCCUUUUUAAUGUAGAAGGUUUAUUUUCAGCAAACGAGAUAAUAUAAACAAAACUUCAACAUUGAUGCUCUGCAAUAUCAUGCCAUGAAAAUGUCAUAAUUUGAUGUUUGGUACGGCUUUUAAACAGUUUCAUAUGUAAAGGGCUGUAUUUGCUUAGGGUUUUUACUGCCAACAUUUCAAAUUUAAUGAAAAUUGUAUCAAAGUUCAAACCAUUAUGGUCAAGUAAAACACGUCACAAUUCAAGUGUGGACACGGCAUAAAAAAAGCUUGAUGGAUUUUUUAUAAUUUAACAGAAGCAUAAAAUGAUUAACAUGCGGGAUUUAUGUUAAAGUCAAAUCUAAAUUUUACACAAGAGUUAUUUAUAUCAAGUGAUUUUAAUUAUACACAACAUUAUCAGUAUUACAAUUGUCUAGAUUCUUCUGAUUGUACAAUCAAAAUGUAAUGUAAUCAUAUUGUGAAUAAUGUAUGCAUGCCAAAUUGUAAAAGCUUAAAGUUGUCCAAAGAGCCACUUUGUUUUAUCAAAGAUACGUAGGGGACAACUCACAAACUUCGGACUUACUGCCAUCCACAGGGCUGCUCUUCUGAAGUUCUCGAUGGUGAAAAAAAUAAUCCAUAUUCCUAAUUCCCACAAUCUGUCAGGACCCAGGUUUACGGUGCUGUUUAACAGUUAGCAGAAAAGUUGUGCUUACUGUAGUAGAAUCUUUUGCUUACAAUUAUCACUAUGUAAUGGUGGUGCUGGAGUGGUUGCACUUUUGCUUGGUUGCAGGGCUAUUCGGAUUUUCAUUGUUUUGUUACCAUGUUAAGCAAAUUUUCCAGCCAGGAUAAGCGUGCCUUUCGCCAUGCUCACUGCUUAUGGUCUUCAUGAAAUACUAGAGCCUCUGUUAGUGUAAAAUUGUGUGCUUAGCAGUGCCGUGACAUUGUGUCCAGUUGCUAAACUCGAGGCUUUUUCCAUUGUACCCAUAUGCAGCAUGGUUGCUGAGGCAACAAGGCUAAAUCCUGGCACAGUCUAGCCUGUCCCAAUCACCAAGGUUGAUCUAACUUGUCCAAAUUCUCCUUGUUUCCAAGACCUUUGAAUGGCCAUCUUGUUUUCACUGAUUUUACUCCAGAAAGGAAGGUACAUUGAUUUCUCAACACUCUUGUAGCUUGGUAAAGAUUAGUGAAAAUCCUGGCGUCGAAACAAAAUUCUGUUGCGCCCCAAAUUCAACGGCACUUCAAUACACUGAAUAUUGAAGUUGUGCAUGUUUUCUCUUUAAGGGAAACCAAAAAAGGACAACUGUAGAGAUGAUUUAAGCAGUCAGAGAAACAAACUAAGUUCAUGAAUAUGUUUGAUUAUAAUUUACAUAGUUGCAUGGAAUUGACAGUUUUAGAAUCAAAAGAAUUAGUCAUGACCGACUAAACGAUGAAUAAUUCAUAGCAGUAUUUUGAGUCUCUGUGGUGUAGAUGAGUUUAAUGAGCAUGCUCGGUCACUGCUUAUUAAAAUGAAUAUUGUUUUGACAACUCAAA